AUGACUGCUCCUCGUUCGUCCUCCUUGCGCGCUCUGCGUGUCCUGUCCCAGCGACACUCGGCGGUGCCCUCCACUCGCCGCGCCCUGCACAUCACCGGUGUGCAGUCUGCUCAACCCGCCAACCCCGGCGACAAGGCAUCCUUGUACGCUGCCCGCAGUCUGCCCGAUCUCAAGACAGAGUGCCAGCGCCGCUCAUUACGUGCUGCCGGCAGCAAGACCGAGCUGAUUGAGCGCCUCGCCAACCACGAUGUCCUCCAAUCACGAGCAUUCAGCAUCGCCAUGCGUCGAAUCAACAGCAAAGCCUUUGCAGGCGAGCAAUCUACCCGCCAAUUCAACACCUCCCGCGCCUCCAAAGCCGUCGGCGACACCUCCACCGUCGACUUCGUCUACAUGCCCUCCAUGGCGGAACUAGACGCCGCCCCCGUCCGACCAGGCCCCCGUGUCCCGGUCCUUCCCGACAUCUCCUCCCUCCCCGACCCCCAGACCCAGACCGCCCCACCCAUGAAGCCGCAGAUCUACACCGUGGCCGGGUCCGGCUCGGAUGUCGCGGCCAGCGCCAUGAGCGAGGUCGUCGACAACCACUCCAUAGACAUCGAUCCCUUCUCGCUGACCGAGACGGUCGGCCGCUCGCGCGUCGGCGAGGAGAUCCAGCGCCAAUCCAGUGGCACCGGGUCCGGUGAGCCGGGCGUGGUCCAGGAGCUCUGGACGGGGUUCCUGGACGAUGUGCUCGGCCCGAAACAGUCCAGUCCGAGGAAGUAA